GCUCAAAUAACUUUAUGAAAACCAUACGUUGCGAUUUGAAUGCGCUGUGCAAUAGAAAUAUCCUAAAAAUAUAUGUAAACAGCUUGCAAUAGUAAUAUAAUGUGUCAUUUGGUGUUUUUUUUCAUAUUUUGUCUGGUUGUUUAUGAUAGUACUAUUGCUAUUUUCGGCUCGGGGUUUGGAUAAAUUAUGGUUAAAAAAAAGAAAUGGCUCAGCGUAAUCGAGGUUAUAUUCCACGUAACUACGCACGUGAAAACGUCAUGUAGCCAUUUUUUAGCAACAAAUAUUCCGGCUUUUAGCAGCAGCCCCUGAAAAUUAUGUUAUCAACACUGGCCCAUCACUGAGCCUUUGUUCUUUUCAGUGUUGGGUCGAAUAGAUCACCAGCUACCACACGGGAAGUUACUUUGCCAGCCACUUCAUCAUGGGCGGGGAGAAGUUUGACUCGACCCACCCGGAAGGUUACCUGUUUGGAGAAAACACUGACCUUAACUUCCUCGGGACCAGACCAGUAGCUUUCCCAUAUGCAGCCCCUCCACCUCAGGAACCGGUGAAGACACUACGGAGCCUUAUAAACAUCCGCAAGGACACACUCCGCCUUGUACGGUGCAGCGAGGACCUAAAGUUGCCGGGCGAUGAUGAGGCAGGAAAGCAGCGGGCUUGCUACAACGUGGAGUUCACUUUCGACGCCGACACGCAGGUGGCCAUCACUAUCUACUACCAGGCGAUAGAGGAGUUUCACAACGGUGUGCCUGUUUACCUGCCCCAGGACAGCUCUUUGCAGUCGGAGACGGUGCACUUCAAGAGAGGGGUGAGCCAGCAGUUCUGUCUGCCGUCGCACACCGUCAACCUCAGCGAGUGGGCAGACGAAGAGCUGCUGUUUGAUAUGGACAAGGAGAUCUUCCCAAUGGUCGUGCAAGCCAUGGUUGACGAGGGUGAUGAACAUCUCGGCCAUUCUCACAUACUGCUAGCCACGUUCGAAAAGCACAUGGAUGGCAGCUACUGUGUGAAGCCUCUCAAGCAGAAACAAGUGGUGGACGGAGUGAGUUAUCUAUUACAGGAGAUCUAUGGGAUAGAGAACAAGUAUAACAGCCAGGAAUCAAAGGUCGCCGACGACGAAAUCAGCGACAACAGCGCCGAGUGCGUAGUGUGUCUGUCAGAUGUACGCGACACGCUCAUCCUGCCCUGCAGACACCUGUGUCUCUGCAACGCGUGCGCCGACACACUCCGCUAUCAAGCCAACUGCUGCCCCAUCUGCAGACUGCCCUUCAGAGCGCUGCUGCAGAUCAGAGCUAUGAGGAAGAAACUCAGCCCUUCGACACCGACCAACUUUAACCCCGUCAUCACUUCACAGACGUCGGACUCUGAGGAACACUCGGCAUCUGAGCACAUCCCUCCGGGUUACGAGGCCGUGUCCCUGCUGGAGGCUCUCAACGGCCCCCUGGCCACGUCCUCCGUGGCGCCCCCUCUCCACUCCGGCCCCAGUCACGUGUCGGGGGCACUGCCCCCGUUUGGCAGCGAAGCCCACCCGGCAGCGGCCCGCUCGCUCUCCCCUCUUGACCAUUCCAACUCAAGUCAGGGGCUCAAACUCAAAAAGAGCAGUUCCAAGUCGCUUUCCCAGAAUUCCUCAGUGCUUCCCGAGGAAGAGGAUGAGAAGUCUUGCAGUGAAUCAGAGGCCCGUCGCCACAAACCGAAGGAGUGUGGAGUUACGCCAGACAGUGAAAAUCUUACUCUCUCUUCUUCCGGCGCCAUCGAUCAUUCGCCGUGCACCGGAACUCCGCUCUCCUCCACUAUCACUUCCCCUGAAGACCCAGUGAGCAGCAGCCUGGCCCAGUCAGUGAUGUCCAUGGCCUCGUCCCACUCGCAGCACUCCCACAUCAGCACUGACACCAUGUCCUCCAUGUCAGGGUCCUACCUGGCUGGGGCGGACGGCGAGCCCGGGGGGGGCCGGGGGGGAGUUGAUGCGCUGAGCGAGGAGAACCGAGACACCCCCGCGGAGAGCCGAGGACCCUCGCAGCUGGAAGGGGAGUCAAGAGACUUGAAGUACUCUAUGGCUGUCGAGGAGCAGGACUCAGAGGGAAAUGAUGUCAUGGAAGAGGACCACUCCUCGCCAUCGAAUGGCAAAGGUGGGCGGAGCAGGUUUCCCGAGUUGACCAAUAACAAUCAGGGCGUCGCCCUGUGUGACACGCCCUCUUUGGGCUUGGACAAUGAGCAGGCUCCUGACGGCCGAUUCGCCGGUCUGAUGUACCUUGGCGGCUACAGGCCCGUUUUGGACUCCCCCAGCAACCGGGAAGAGCAAGUGGUGCAGAAUCGAGAGGGCCAGAGUCCCAAACACCCUCGCCGCGGACCUCUUAUUGUGUAGCACGCUCACACCCACAGACGCACACCCAAACAAUACUACUACUACUACUACUACUACUAUUAGAUCUUCCAACUCCCUGCUUCAUCGCUGGAUAAUAGCUAAACAGGGAACCCCACCACCACCACCACCUUCUGCAGGUCUUAACCAAUGAGGUGUUAAUCGAGCACUUUUUUAAUCUAUUUUAUUUUUCAGUCUGUUUUUAAUUUAUUAUCCAUCGGUCUAACUUACCCGUGACAGUUUCAUGUUGUGACUUUAUGGUUAGAAGUUCCUGCUGUUGCUGCUCUUCCUCAUCAAUAUAACCAGCCAAUCAGUCAGGGGCUACUGUGAUCUGCAAUCACCACGUUAGGCGGUCCACCUUAGCGCGCUAAAUGCUAAAAACUAAACCGGUUCAUCUCCGGACGACCUCCGCUGAAUGUGAAAUGAAAGCAGACUUGGACUUGAACAUAAAACGAAUGUAGGAUAAUUGACCUCCUAGGCGGAGAAGCUACUUUCGAGGUAAGAUGGGCAUUUGACUGGUUUUCCUUGAUUCUUUGGAAAAUUAGUACUCAGUUAAUCGAGUCAUCGGUAUAUUGUACACCACUCCUAAAACGUAAGGGAUAUUGGGCUUUCGAGUGAAAUUUUAAUAUUUGCAGGUGAACUUAGUUUUUGCUCUUCUGUAAAAUUCCAAAUGUUAGCAGGACUUGACCAGUACAUCUCCUGGUUGAGUUGGAAUCUAGAUUUGGACAGUCCUCUUGAUCACACUUUUCACAAUUUGAAACGACAGCUCGCAAUUGCUCAACGGUACCUGGCUGUUGCAAGACUUCAAAUUGGACCUUCUCAGAUCUUGGAGUGUCACAUUGGCAUUGUUGAGACCGGAAGAAUCACAGGUUAGAGAAGUGGAUGACCUUGGAAAUUUCCAUGGGACGCAUGUUUUGUUUUGGCCAUUCAGCUUCUUAACAGCAACUUGUGCAAAAAAGUACUAAAACAUUGUUGGACGGACAUUCCAAAUCUUAGAGAAGGUCAAAUUAAGAUAAUUAGUGAAAGUUCGAGUGGAUUUAAGGUUCAUCCUGAAAUGUUAUCGAAAGCCGUAUAUCCCAAACCUUUACUGAGUCUGGUAUCUUUAACAUUUAUUAUGGUUGAAUGUUAUGUUUUGAACGCUUCUUUCAAAGUAGUUACGAAAGUCUCUGUUUUCCAAUUUUCUGUCCUGUGUCACAUUUGGCCCCAUGAUUCAGAUAUCAUUGAUUAUCAUGCCCGUUCCCAUCUACACUUGUCCUUUCUUAGAACCGGAACGAACCCCCGACCACCCAGCCAUGUUAGCAUGUCCGUACCGUCGCAUUUCAACUUUUGAACCCACCACCCAGCAAUAAAAAAAAAAAAAAUUGCUUCAUUUUCUCCUCAGUUCAUACUGGGCGGCUACAUUUAGUCUUUUUUUUUUUUUUAAAUCCCAACAAUACAUUUCUUAGCUAACCUGUUGAUGUCGAUUUUUGUUUUUAUCUGUUGCGAAGCACUGUGUCGUUGAUUAGAAUGUGGAUGAAACUAUGUGAACCAUUUGUAAAGUUUUACACACGAUCACGUACUGUAGCCGAUCACAAAAGGGACGUCAGUGCAGUCUUAGCCGUCGUAUUGUCGCGGUGCGCGAAGCUGAAGUUGAAGGAUGAAAAGGCAGGAUGGCGAUCUGUGCAUAAGUGUGGUGUCGCGAGGCCCCCCCGCAACCUGCUCCCGGGCUAUCGCAUGAUCACAGUCACAUGACCACAAGAUGAAUGUGUCGUAGGCAAUGAAUCAAAGAAUCUGUAAGAGAAGCCCACUUUUGUAGGAUUGUAGGCGUGAACGUGAGACGGACAAUAAAGUUUUGUUUUUUUGCAACUUCA